GGCGGGCAACAUGGCGGCCUCUAUCUCCCCGCUACGCUCCUCCUACAGGAUUUGUAACGGUCUAUCCUUCCACCACUGCCGAGCCAAACUGCGGAUGCACAGAAAGUGCGAGAGCCAGAGAAGACAUCUCCAUGCGUCAGUCACCAGGCAUGCUGCGGUGGUGGUGUCAGGGACAGAGAUGGCACGUCAGAUUCACAGAGAGAUCCAGAGGGAGGUGGAGGAGCUGGUCACCGGCGGCAACAUGAGACCCCACCUGGGUGUGGUGUUGGUUGGGGACGACCCGGCUAGUCGCACCUACGUCAGGAACAAGACCAGAGUUGCUAGUAUACUGGGUAGGAAGGCAAUGAAGAUCAGAACCUCAGGGCACUGCAUCUGUACAGAGUUAGAUCAGAACCUGAAAGGGAACCUGCCUCUGAGUGUGAAGAUCAUGAACCUCAGGGAACUGUCCUCUGGUACACGAGUGAAGAAUCAGAACCUCAGGGAACCUGCCUCUGUACAGAGUGAGAUCAGGGAACUCCAGGGAACCUGCUCUG